GAAGGCCUGAAACUAUUUUGCGAGACUUUUAAGCCACAUCACGGAAACCAACUUGUUUAAGGUAUCUAGUGAAACACAUUGAAUACUGAAGGGUCAUUUCAUAUUGUUGGCAACUCUUCGGAUGUUUGCUCAACCUUUCGUCCUACCGAACGGAAGUCAGUUGUGUUUCUACAUCAAGCCUUGUGGGUAUUUACCCUGUCUAAAGACAGCUAUUGUUGAGAAUGGUGGUAUCGUAUCUGAAAGUAUCGGAGAAAACUGCAUAUAUUUGGCUACUCCAGGGAUGGUUGUAGAUACUGGAGAAUACAUACAUUGUAAUUAUAUAUGGGACUGUAUCCGCAGCAAAUCUCGGUUACCUAUGAGAAAUUAUUAUGUUGAACCAGGAGUUACAGUCACCGAGACGUUACCGACUGAUAAUGAUAGUCAGUUUUUAACAAGGUCAAGCUAUUCCGUCCUGUCUACUCGUUCGCGUAAACCAUUCACCAAAAACGAAAGUCUGACUCUGUGGAAAUAUAUUCAAGAUAAUAAACUUUUACCGCUAUUGAACAAACGAUCAACUUACAAGCAUUUAGAAGCUGCAAGAGUAACAAAUCAUUGUGCAGAAUCUAUACGUACCCACAUUCGACAGAUUUUACUUCCUGCAAUGGGAAGGUCUAAUAAUCACGAUCGAAACGUUAGUACUGCAGCUGAGAUCAGUAACUCCAAUAACAGUGAUAAAGAUAAUAAUCAUAAUAACAAUGAUAAUAAUAACCACGAGACUGGAUGUUUAAAAAGUUCAUCUCGAUUUGGGAAGAAACGAUAUAAUUUGAAAGAGGAUGAAGCCAUAAUAAACUACUUGGUAGAAAAAAAUCUUUGGAAGCGAAUCAGAAGUCGAGCUCUCUGGAGAAAGAUGGCUAAAGAACGCGUUACCAGUCAUUCAUCUGAAUCAAUGCGUAAUCGCUUUCGUCAUUAUUUAAUGAACGCUACUUAUGCUCGUUUGAUGAAUAAACUCACGAAAAGUGAGCGAGAAGAAAUGUCUGAUGUCUUUUUUGGACAUUCAAAACGAAACAGUAAUCCAAUGGAUUGUACAGAUCUCAAUAAUGUGGAUAUUUAUCAUGUAUCCUACUCAAUUGAUGAAUGUAGUUUGACUUCAAGUCAAACCAACUCAGUUGUCACGGAAGUUGCCCAUAGUAAUCGACUGUCCGAGCCGCACUCAAAUGAAACUACCAAUAUACAAAUUCCACCCUUUCACGAAACUGUUCAAUGUAAAAAAAAUGGAGUUUCGCUCCAGAAUUGUGCCAUAGAAUUGUCCAGUUUAUCAUCAUUACCAGGAAUUACUUCUACUUCGUCUUCUCCUGGAAGUCCUCAAAGACUUUGUAACAGUUGUCCUAUACCACCAGCAGUUAUUAGGGCGAAUAAACUAGCAAAGUUAAAAUCAAAUGAGUUGGGGAUUACUUCGAGUAGUUCAUUAUCAUUUAAAUCACCAUCAUUGCCAGUACCAUCAAUUACUUCUUAUUUAUCAUGUCAGGAUACUUCUCAUUCAUCAUUCAUGACAUCAGAUUCGUCUGUUCCAUUACCAUCGACGAGUUAUUCAUAUCCAUUAUGGAUUUCACAGUUGAUGAAUUCUCCUUAUAUAACAACACAAUUACAAGCUAUACUACUUGUCAGCAUGACAAAUGGUUCAGUUAGAGAAGCGCACAAUUUUUUAACAACUGGUACACGUCAACCAUCAUCAGUGAACGAGUCUAGUCUACCUCCUUGGUUACCUGAAGAUGAUGAAUCUUUGAGUUCAACAGAUACUGAACUACUUGAUAAGCUUGUUGAUCGUUUCGGUUGGACUGAAAUAACUCAACGUUUCAGCUUUUAUACAGUCAAGAGUAACUCUUGUUAAUCCUUAUUAUUAUCAUUAUCAUUAUUAUGUUUUAAUAUGUAAAUUUUACUCUCUUUUUUGGUGGAUAAACCAUUGCACUCUUUGUAAAUUUUGUUUUAUUAGUGUGAAAAAAGUCUUCGUCGGUGAAUUCUUUAAAAUGAAGAACUUAUUCUCUACACUUGUUCAUGUAUAGUUUUGUGUUUCUGAAAUUUUUUAGAAGUUGAUUUCCCUUCCUAAUUUAUUUUGCCCACUUUGUUUUGUUUAUUUACAAUUUCAGAAAAGAUUACAUUGCUGCUCGUUCUUCUGUGUGUGUUUGUGUGUAUGUAUCUGCCUGUCUAUCUAUUUUAGCUAGUUUUUUGUACAUUUUGAAAAAUAUGUCAUAUCUGUAUGAUGAAUCUCUAAAAAAGCAGCACGAGCUGUGGCUUUUUGUUUUAGGGAGAUGACUUUUAACCAAUAGGUCACAGGUUCGAACCCGACCCUGUCUACCGAGGUUUAGAAAGCCCUCACACAAUAGGUGUGGCUCAUUG